UUAACUAUAAAAAAAACUGCUUUUUGUAGCAAUUCAGAAAACCGGAAAAAUCAGUUAUCCAGAAUAUCGAUGGUCCCGAUUGUUCCGGAUAAUCGAUUCCCUACUGUACUAGAAGGUUAUAAACCCUAAAAUAAAUUUUAUGUCUUUGUCUCAUAAAAUUUUGACUUUUAUAAAGUAUUCCACAUAUUUCAUUGUUUGUUAAAUUAAAAAAAUAUAUUUCUGAUAAAAUAUUGCCAUGCAUAGAGAAAAUGUAAUCUAAUAUUUUGUUGAAAAUCUCAAAAAGUUAGGGAUUUUUAUGUCUAAAAUUAAGCGGGAACAUUGUUCAAUUUAUCAUACUAUUCAAUUAUUUGUCUAAAAUUUGGUUUUGUUAAAAGCAUUUAUUUUUCUGCUGUUUAUUAAAAAAAACAUUUUUUUUAUAAAGAAUAAGGUGAAUGUAUGUAAGCAUAUUAUUUACUACAAAUGUCAGAUAAAAUAUAAUUGUACAGUAGAACUCCAAUUAUCCGAAUCAAUUGGGACCGGAACCCAUUCGGAUAAUCAAAAAUUCGGAUAAUUGGAUAUUUUUUUUAAAAAAAUGCUUAUUUUAAAUAAUUACUGUAUGUAUAGUGGAAUUGUGGGAAAAGAACUGUUUUUAAGGAAUAAGAUCUUUUUAUGAAUAAUGUGUACAUACCUUGCAGUAAAUGAAAGUUAUUACAUGCUAAACAUCUCAGUUAAAGUAAGCUGUUUAACUGUCUUUAUCCGUUUUCGGGCAGCUAAGUCGCGCAUCCGUUUGACAGUGAAAAGUUGCAUAUGGUCACACUCGGGUUGGUGCUCCAUCAACUUCAAUGCAGUUUCAAGGCCAGCAAAUGCUUCACUAGCUGAGGGCCCUGUGUCUUCCUCAAUUUCAGCAUUAGGGUCAUCAUCUUCAUCGACACUUUUCUCCAUCGCACUUUCAAUAAGUUCAUCAUCAUUUAAAAUUUAAAAUCCACAGUCUGAUGAAUCACACGUCAUCCACUCUCCUAUAUCUUCAGCACUGACAUCUGAUCAUCCAGGAAUUUUCAAAAAUAUUUUUCUGAAUUCCUCAAGAGAUACGGCAUCCCCAUCUUCUGUUUCAUCAUUUUUUUUUCUUUAACUUCUUUUUCCCUUUUCUCUUUUUCAAUCUCUUCUUUAGUUGAUACACCUUUUAACUUGUUCCAUGCACGUCUUAAUGAGACAUCUUUAACCAAAUUCCGAGCUUCCGCAACCAUGUACACGCAAUUAUUCAAAUUUAUCUUUUUGUGGUUAUCCAAUACACCUUCUUCAUCCUUUCCCUCUACUAAAAGCAUUCUUAAAAGUUGUCUUCGGUAUUGCGCCUGACAAGCGCCAAUUUGCACAAGCAAGUUGACCAGGGGGUCUAGCGUUCACAUUUCUUUGUCAACAAACAACAUUCCUAAGAUAACAUUCCACAACUAACAUCUUUAUUCAUACGGUCUCCCAUGUGCUCUUUUGUCACUGGAUUCCCCCUACCUUGUUAUUCCUUUUAUUUAUCUUUGUCCUAUCCUGUAAACAAUCUCUGUAUAAAUCUUUACUUGGCUUUACUAACAUUUUAUUUUAUUCAUAUAAAAAGAGAAGAAAAAAGACAACCUUAUCUUUUUACUAUAUUUCCAUACGAAUUCUGAAAGCGAUUCGGAUAGUUGGAGUUCGGAUAGUUGGAGUUCUACUGUAUUUUAAAAUUUGUGUUUAGUGCAAAGCUGCUAACUUGUUUGCAAAAUAUUUUCCUUAUAAUAGCAAGAUUUUUGCUUUAACAAGCAUAAUUUGAGAUAAAUAUAAACAAUUCAAAGUCAUGUAUAUAUUAAAGACCCAAUAAUUUUUUAAUGGUGUUGUUAAGUGCUGGCAAAGUUAAAAGUUCAUGCAAUAUUAUUCGAAUUCUUAGAUAAUGAGGCUGGUACUAUUCGUGAAAUGCUGUUAUAAAGAAUUACAAUUACUGAUGAAAUAAAAGAAUAUAUAUUAUUUUGAGUAUGAUAGAUAGCAAUCGAAUUAUUUUCAUUUGAUUUUUCAACGUCAGCCAAAAAGCAAAGCAUAUACCAAUAAAAAUUGCCAGUCAGAAUCAUGGAUAUGAAAUUUGAAAUGUUUGGGGUUAAUUCAAUGUUGCAAGUUGAUUGAAAUGUUCUGGGGUAGAUUGAUUGUUGGGGGGGGGGGUUUCCUUGAAAAUCUACAUGCUGUAAUAAUGCCAAAUAGCAAUGAGCAAUGAUUUUACUCUCUAUGGCUCAAGUUGGCAGAUUAAUUUUGAACUUGAUUAAUUUUAAAUAAUUAUUAACCAAAAAAUGGAAAACUUAAAUUAAAAUGGGUGAGAAAUGUUCAUUAAUAAUUUUAAUUCAUUUUAUAAAAGUUAUAUGGAUAUAAUCAGAUGUAAAUAAAUAUGCAGGUUUCUUGAUUCUGUACUUGCUGAUGAAGGGCUGAAUUUUAAGGGUUAUGCUGGGGGGGGGGGUAAUGCCUGCCGCCUCCACGUGGUGCCCCCGGGAUGCCCCUCACUGGGUAACUAAAUGGCAGGCAAACAAACAUGAUGAGCACAAGUGAAGCUUAUGAUACGGCAUCAUCCGUCGCGCCGGUUAACAAGGGAUGCGUUCAGGAAUUAGGCAGAGGUUCCUGUUCGAAAAAUUCUUUACAGUCUCCAGUAGCACAUGGUAAGCCCUCGGGUGAGCCCAGUGCUAAUACCGCUGCUUUGCAGUCUACUUCAAAAGCUGGUGAGGCGUCCAAAGGCGCAGGCCCUUCCUCUGUAGGAGUCUCUGGUCCCCAGAGGCACACGGGGGACAGUGUGUCUGGUGCCACUGGAUUGUCCAAGAGCCGGAGAAAGAAGUUAAGGAAAGUGAGGGCCAUGGCGGCGAGUGGCAGAGCUAAGAGACCUAGGUCUUCUGAAGCAACUCUCUCUCCCAAUGUGCCAACCCAAAAAGAAAAGAAGCCCAGGAAGGAUGUUGUUCCUGGGAGGAUAGCCCAAUCCAGUGGAGUGGUUCCCCCUAGUGGGGAUAGCCGAGCUGGAGAGGGGGUUUCAACUGGGGGCCUCCAAUCUGGUGUCUCUUUUGCUUGUGCUACCAAGUCGACCAAGAUUGCUAUAGUUCUAGAGGACUUUCCUCGGGACAAGCUUUCUUUGGAAGACUCAAAUAUCAUCCUUAAGGAGAUCUUAGUGCAGACUGAUGCCAUUCCUUGUGGCGAAAGACUGCCUGAGAUCUACAGUAACCACCUCCAAAAAGGAGCGUUGGUAUUACAGUGCAACGAGUUCACUGUAGGGUGGAUCAACUGCCACUUUAACGGCAAAGCCUUGGGCAACCUCAUGCUCAAAGUCAUAAGUGCUGACGAGCUACCAAGGCCUGUGGAGGUAGCCUUUAAGACUAGAGAGCAAUUCUCUGAUCAGGGCACCUUUUUGUGGCGUCUUCAGAGACUUAACCCAGGGUUGAAGUCUAUGGGGUGGAGGGUUCUGCAAAGUGCUGCGGAACCGGGCCCCUCUAGAUGGAUCUUUGAGGUGGAGCCUGAAGAUGUGGAAACUAUUGCGAGAGCAAAUUUUUGUGCACUCACUGGAGUGGAUCGUGGUGUCUUCAAGAUUAUCCACGAUCCUAACAGGAAAAAAAGCAGUUGAGGCUUCACAACAUCGAAUGUCCUCUCUGUUGAACCUGAUGACCAGGAGGAAAUGGAUCAGGAGGAUGAACCUUGGAAGGCUAAUUCCCCCGACUCCAACGUAAGUUCAAUUGGGGCUUUUGAUUUUUCAGAGCUAGGGUUGGACUCCGAGUCAGACGUAACCUUACGAUUAAGGUUGGUCAAAUUAAUCUCCAUCAUAGCAUUGCUGCCUCUAGCCUUAUGGCUAAAAGGUUAAGUGAUGGGGAACUAGAUAUUGCUCUUUUACAAGAGCCUUGGACUCGAAAGGGUAGAAUAAUGGGUCUCAAUAUUAAAGGUUUUAAUAUCUUUUAUGAUACUCGUUGUGACCUUCCCAGGACCUGCAUAGUGGCUAGGUCUAAUCUAAAUGCCCUUAAUCUUGUUAACUUUCUUAACAGGGAUUUAGUUGCUAUAAGCUAAAAUUCUAUGACAAUGAGACUAUCUCUGACUUUGUCAUAGUUCAGCCUAUCUCCCAUAUGAGAAGGACCCAUUAGCUGAUAUUACUAGGACUUUAAUUGGCCACUGUAGUUCAAGCUGUAGAUUCAUCUUCGGCUGUGAUGCAAAUGCUCACCACACAGUGUGGGGUAGCAGGCAAUGAACCUACCUUUGUUGCUUGUAACAGAAGGGAAGUCAUUGACCUCACUUUAUGUAACUCUAUUUCCGUAGAUCACAUUACUGAAUGGAAGGUAUCUGGAGUAGUUACUGCUUUAGAUAACCAAUUAAUUACUUUUUCUAUUAAAGGUCUUUCAGGACUGAUGGUCAUAAGGAGGAACCCCAGAACAGCUGAUUGGGGUUCCUUUAGAGCAGCUCUGGAGAGGAAGAUUGGGAGCUUCUCUGAGGAUAUUCUAAACAGAAAGUGUGGCGCAAAUGUUGUGCUUGUGGAGCCAGAACACUCUCUCAUCCAGACAGGAGCUAUUUCAGAUUUCCUAGGGGAUCUUGUGUGGUAAGAUAUCAGUUUGUUUAUACUCGUUUGCAAUGUAAUUGUGUUUUUAAGUUUAAAAGAAGGUUAGCCUUAAUCUUGUAUCAGUUUUUAAUUAAUGUUAAAGGAAAACUGG